CCAUGCCUCUCAUGGCAAUACAGUAGCGCAAGCUUGACUUGACGGGAGCCCUUCUCUUGCAGCUCGUGUGGCUUGCUUUUGCAUUUGGUUUUUAAUUGACUUCAGGUCACCCUGUGUUCUCCAGCCCGAACGUCUCGUUUCUAGCUUCGUUCUCUUCUCUUCACUUCCAUCUGGCCUGCCAUCUAAUUAUCUGUUGGACAAACGGGGCGGUGACACCCUCAAUACUCCACCUACAUACGCGAGCUUCAAAGCUUGGGCCUAGCGAGUUCCCUAAAAAAAAAAAAACACGAUUUUCCUACCGGUAGAUCGAUAGCCGCCGGCAAAAAUAACAUUAGACCAGCCCUGCUCUAGUGGCUCGCUCGACAGGUGUCAAAAACUAAUCGGCUAGCAGCCAAGACAGACCGACCCCUUGUUCCUGAACCAAUCUACCUAGUUGUUCAGACUAGGCCAACCAUCGCUGGCUCCUGUGCCACUCAGCACUCGCCGGCAAGAUGUCUAGUCAAGAAGAUCAAGAAAAGCUCACGGAGAACAAAAGUCUGUCGGGCCUGUACUCGACUCUUGUUCCAGUGCUGAUCGCAUCCGGUGCUUACCUUGCAAUCUUCCUGAUCCUCCGUAGGAGCCAGCGAAGAUGGUAUGCGCCGAGAACCUACAUCGGCAGCCUGCGACCAGGCGAACGCACUCCUGAACUACCAAAUGGCUUGUUCAACUGGUUUGGUCAGUUUUGGAAGAUACCGGACACAUAUGCUCUCCAGCACCAGGGUCUGGACGCCUAUCUCUACUUGCGAUACAUGCGGAUGUCUAUUGUCAUAACGUUCGUUGGAUGCUGCAUCACCUGGCCCAUUCUAUUUCCCGUCAACAUUACAGGUGGGGGCGGCCAGGAGCAGCUGGACAUGCUGAGCUAUGCCAACGUCAACGCUGGGAGCCAGGAGGGCAGAUACAGGUUCUUUGCACAUGCAAUCACCGCUUGGAUCUUCUACGGCUUCAUUCUCUACUUGAUCUUCCGCGAACUGGUCUUCUACAUCAACUUGCGUCAAGCGUUCCUGUUGAGCCCCUUGUAUUCGCGCCGUAUCUCGUCUCGAACCGUCCUCUUCACCUCUGUACCAGACGCUUACCUGGACGAGGCCCACCUACGACAGGUGUUUGGACCCUCUGUCCGCAACGUCUGGAUCACAUACGAAUCGAAGGAAGUCGACGAACUGGUCAAGAAGCGCGACGAGAGAGCCUACCGGCUGGAGAAGGCUGAAGUCAAGCUCAUCAAGCUUGCUGAUAAAAACCGUCGGGCUGCUCUCAAGAAAGGUGGCUCCGAUGCCGAAGCCGAUGCCUCCAAAAAUGAGGCCAAUCAACUGGAUACCGAAUCCGGCAGCAUUGCAGCUCGAUGGGUUCCUCAAGGCAAGCGACCAACGCACCGCACUGGCGCCCUGGGUUUGAUCGGCUCAAAGGUUGACUCUAUCGAUUACUGCCGCGACGAACUCCACCGUCUUAUUCCCAAAACGCACGAAGCCCAACGCCAGUACCGUUCAGGCACUUCCAAGAAGAUUCCCGGUGUCUUUGUUGAGUUCCGCAGCCAGGGUGAAGCUGAGGCUGCUUACCAGGUGGUUGCCCAUCAUCGGGGUCUUCAGAUGGCACCACGCUAUAUUGGCAUUACACCUGGCGAUGUCAUCUGGUCAUCCCUCAAGGUCUCCUGGUGGCAGCGUGUUGUUCGUCGUUAUUUGGUCCUGGCCUUUAUCGCAGCCUUGAUCAUAUUCUGGGCGUUCCCCGUCUUGGUUGUCGGCAUUAUCACCAACAUUGACAAGCUGAAGCAAGACGUUUCAUGGUUGAGCUGGUUGAACUAUAUUCCGGAUGCUAUAAUGGGCGUCAUAACUGGUCUGCUACCGUCUGUGGCUCUUGCCAUCUUGAUGUCACUUGUCCCCAUCAUCAUGAGACUUUGCGCAAAGCUUUCUGGAGAGCCAUCGCACUCCAGGUGUGAGCUCUUUACCCAAAAUGCCUAUUUCUGCUUCCAAAUCGUCCAGGUUUUCUUCGUUACUACCGUCGGUAGCGCUGGUACCGAGCUUGGUCCUCAGCUUCAGAAAAUGGCACUGGAUCCUCAACUGAUCCCGCAGACUCUCGCCGACACACUACCCAAGCCGGGCAACUUUUACAACAACUACUUCCUCGUUCAAGGUCUCACAAUCGCAGCGAGUGUUCUCUCGCAGAUUGUUGGCUUUGUAAUCUUCCAACUCAUGUAUAGGUUCUUGGCGUCGACCCCGCGUGCAUUGUAUCAGAAGUGGGCGACGCUGAGCGCGAUCUCUUGGGGUAGCACGCUUCCCGUUUACACCAUGAUCACCUGCAUCGCCAUCAUUUACGCCGUCAUUACUCCUCUAGUACUAGGCUUUGCAUGCUUGGCCAUGUGUCUGUUUUACAUCGCCUGGCGCUACAACGUUCUCUUCGUUACUGACACGAAGAUUGACACGAGAGGUCUAAUUUACCCUCGCGCCCUCAAACAACUCUUCGUUGGUGUAUAUGUUGCUGAGAUUUGCAUGAUCGGUCUGUUCGGUGCAAGCACUGCGAUUGGACCGGCGGUCUUGAUGGCUGCCCUGCUCCUCUUCACCGUUCUCUUUCAGCUCACCCUCACCAAUGCUUUGGACCCUCUCCUUUACAAUCUCCCUCAAACCCUUCUGGCUGAGGAGGAGUUACUGCUCCUUGCACCUCAAAAUGGAGCCCUCAGCGCUGGCCCAUCAGGCGCCACAGGCACUACCAUGGCUACGAAUGGCUUUGCCUCCAAUGACGCGCACAGUCCCGCUGACAUCAAGGACACUGAAGCGGCUGCUAUAGCCACCGUACCUUCUGCCAAGAAAGGCAACAUUUUGUCGCGAUUUUUUAUGCCCUGGAUGUAUGCCGACUACGCUACCCUGCGCAAGCUGGUGCCCCAGGGGACCGAGCUUGACCUUGAUCUCGAUAACCUGUACUCGGACGAGGUCAACGGCAACGCAUACUACCCUCCCGCUGUAACCAGCACACCUCCACUUCUCUGGAUCCCGCGUGAUGCCGCUGGAGUAUCGAAGCAAGAGAUUGCGCACACGGGCAAGGUAAUCCAUAUUACAGACGAGGGAUGCGAGCUUGACGAGAAUGGAAAGCUUGUUUGGGACAGGGAGUCGACGCGCCCGCCGGUUUGGGAGGAGAAGGUGCCUUACUGAUGAACGGAGCUCCAUGCCUUUUUUCUCUUUCAGGAGAGGUUGGUGGCCUUGGGAUCACUUGUGGAAACAAGGAUUUCAAAGGGGGACGAGUGAAGUUGGUGCCGCAUGUUUACAUGAAGAUAACGGCAAGGCAUAGCUGGUAUAUACAAGGAUACCCACCAGCUCGCUUGUGACAACUAUAAAUGAUAAUGACUAUGUAAUCUUUCUGUUUAUUUUGGGUUUUUGGUCGAUUUGGAGGUAAUUGUGUGGAAGGUUUGCAAGGUGUUUUUAGGUACCUUGAUAGUUACCUAGUUGGUGGAGAGUAAAAAGAAAAUAUUCUUGUUUACUUAGCUGUUAAUCAGACAUUUAGAACUCGCGUUUUCUGUUAACUCGUUUAUUUUGAGCUUUUUUUUAGCAGUACUUCCAUUACCAUAGUUGCAGACAAUAGAAAACUGAGCAUGGCUCCUGCUUCAUCUUGCAUAUGCCUCA